AAUUAACCUAACCAUUUCAAUAUCAACUCAAUUAAUAAUAAGUUAAAUACAAAAGCAAAAAUAAAAAAUAGAUUCUUCAAAGAAGCUACACGCCUACACGCACACUGCUUUAUUUUAUUUUCUCUCUCACCCUUUAAACUCUUGCAGACAAAAGAAUCACUGCAUCAUUAAAAAGCCACUCUUUAAAAAAAAAAAUUAAAAUAAAAGUCGUGUUUUGUUCUUCUGUAACACCUUUUUUUUUUUUUCUUUUAUUUUAUAAAUAAUUUUCAGUAAUUUCCUCCGCCAUUAAAGAAGAGCUUAAUAAGAAGACCUUUCUCUGUUCAUCGAUCAAAUCAAAUCAAUGGACGUCACCUCUCUUUAAUUUUCAUAGAAAAUUGAAGGAGUUGUUGCUGUUCAUCUUUACUGGAAAUCAAAUUUUGUAGUAUCGAGAAAGUGUGAAAUUUUGUUGUUGCGAUCAUGGCGGUGGCGGAAAACAGUGUCGCAUCGGGUGGAAACCAUUGCGAAACGACUGAUCUCGACCGAUCAAACGGCAAUCACAUCAACAACAACGAGAAGAGUGAGAAAUGCAGUUUGAAGUCGCAGUCUUUGCCCAAAAACGACGUCGUUGUUGUUGGUGAAGCGAAAGAGGAUGAUUGUAACAGUAACAAUAAUAAUAAUAAUCUGGAAAAUAAUCAUUCUGGCUUGACAAAUUCUGGAAGUAGCGAGAAUAGCGGUGUUACUGAUGAUGAUGAUUUUGAUGAUGAUCAUCAAAGCAACAUCAAAUUUGAUGAUAAUAAUAAUAAAAAUGAAAAUGGAAAGAAUUUUGAUGCGAAAAAUGAAGAAGGGUUUAAGAAGGAAAUUAGGGAUUUACAGGAGAUGUUAUCGAAGCUAAACCCUAUGGCUAAGGAAUUUGUGCCUGUAAAUUAUGUGAAUAAUAAUAAUAAUAAUAUGUUUAGUAAUAACAAUGGCAAUUUUGGUUAUGUUAAUAAUUUUCUAAUUGCGCCGCCGAGUCCGGUUGCCGGCAAUGUCAAUGGAUUCUCUGGUAGAAGGAGGAGAAAUGGGUAUGGUCAAGGGAAAAGGAGGAUGAAUACCCGUACUAGUAUGGCUCAAAGGGAAGAUGUAAUCCGGCGAACCGUGUAUGUUUCGGACAUUGAUCAGCAGGUCACUGAAGAGCAACUUGCAGCGCUUUUUAUCAAUUGUGGACCGGUUGUUGAUUGUCGUAUUUGUGGUGAUCCGAAUUCUGUACUUCGCUUUGCUUUCGUGGAAUUUAUGGAUGAAGAGGGUGCUAAUGCUGCUUUAAGCCUGUCGGGUACAGUGCUUGGGUUCUAUCCUGUCAGGAUGCUGCCUUCUAAGACUGCCAUUGCUCCUGUUAAUCCUACUUUCUUGCCCAAGUCUGAAGGUGAGAGAGAAAUGUGUGCACGAACUGUUUAUUGUACCAACAUUGAUAAGAAGGUUACACAAUCUGAAGUCAAACUGUUCUUUGAAUCAUUUUGUGGAGAGGUACAACGCCUGAGGCUGCUUGGAGACUAUCAUCACUCAACUCGCAUUGCUUUUGUGGAGUUUGCUAUGGCUGAAAGUGCAAUUUCGGCUCUCAACUGCAGUGGUGCAGUGCUGGGAUCACUGCCUAUCAGGGUGAGCCCGUCAAAGACUCCUGUUCGCCCUCGUCCUCCUCGCUCUCCAUUGCACUGA